AUGGCGCAGAAACAGCUUAUCGUGGCUGUUGAAGGAACGGCCGCCAUGGGCCCUUACUGGUUUACCAUUCUUUCCGAUUACCUUGACAAGAUGAUUCGGAGUUUUGUUGGAAAUGAGUUGGCAGUUCAGAAGCCAUCUACUUAUAAUGUUGCAUUCUCUCUGGUCAUGUUCAAUUCUCAUGGUUCUUAUAGUGCUUGCGUAGUUCGACGGAGUGGUUGGACUACGGACAUUGACAUAUUCUUUCAGUGGCUUUCAGCUAUACCCUUUUCAGGUGGUGGUUUCAAUGAUGCUGCCAUCUCAGAAGGGCUUGCUGAAGCUCUAAUGAUGUUCUCUGCUACAAAUGGAAACCAAACUCAAAGUGGAAAACGAAGUCCACGAGUUGCAGAUCUGCCAGUAGACACUUCUAAGAAUCCGCAUUUUCUUGUUCUAAUCUCGGAGAACUUUAUGGAGGCUCGUGCUGCUUUAACUCGCUCAGGAGUGAUAAAUUUGGCAUCAAAUCAGAGCCCUGUGAAAAUGGAUGUGACUUCUGGACCUUCCAUUUCUGGUCCGGCUUCUGUUCCUUCCAUUUCUGGACCAACUUCAUCUUCUAAUCCAGCAGUAAAUGGAUCUGUCAUUGGCCGGCAACCAAUAUCUGUUGGAAAUAUCCCUCCUGCAACUGUAAAAGUGGAGCCUAGUUCCACUUCCAUAGUUGGACCUGCAUUUCCACACAUUUCUUCUGUUCCCCGCACUGCUCCUCAAGCUGUUCCAAGCUUACCAACUUCUCCACCGGUAUCAACAUCUCAAGAAAUGAUUUCAAACAAUGAGAAUGUGCAAGAAAUGAAACCUCUUGUCAGUAAUGUGACACAGCCCUUGCGUCCAGCGGGUGGUGCAGCAGCAAAUGUGAGAAUUCUGAAUGAUGUUGCUCAAGCACGUCAGGGCCUUCCAUCUAUGGGUGGAACACCUAUGCUUUCAAACAUGAUAUCCAAUGGAAUGGCAUCUUCUGUUCCUCCUGCUCAAACUGUAAUACCAUCAGGGCCACUAGGUGCUGCAUCAGUUGCUGGGUCGUUGCCAAUGACAGGAAUUGGCCAGGUUGCGCAAAACUCGGCUCCUGCAUCAUUUACCACCUCCACAGCUUCUAAUAUGCCUGGAAAUCCUAACAUUGGCCUGUCACAACCAAUGAGUAAUCUCCAAGGAAGUGUUAAUAUGGGUCAAAUGGUACCGGGGAUGAGCCAAGGAAACCUUCCAGUCACACAAAUGGUACAGAGUGGAAUAGUCAUGAAUCAAAGCUUGAUGAAUGGAAGUGGUGCAUCUGGUAUGCCAACUGGCGCUGGCCCUGUCACUGGCACGGGCACGGGCACGAUGAUUCCUACUCUAGGCAUGUCUCAACAAAUGCAACCAGGAAUGCAGACUGUUGGUGUGAGUAACAAUAACUCAGCGGCAAACAUGACCCUGAAUCAGCAGACAUCAAGUACAAUGAAUUCCGCACAAUCAAAAUAUGUGAAAGUCUGGGAGGGUAACUUAUCUGGGCAGCGACAAGGCCAGCCUGUGUUCAUCACCAGUCUGGAGGGGUAUAGAAGCGCUUCAGCUUCCGAGACGCUUGCUGCAAAUUGGCCACCAACAAUGCAAAUAGUUCGGUUGAUAUCCCAGGACCACAUGAAUAACAAGCAGUAUGUUGGAAAGGCUGAUUUUCUAGUUUUUCGUGCAAUGAAUCAACAUGGGUUUCUAGGGCAGCUGCAAGAAAAGAAGCUUUGUGCAGUUAUACAGUUACCAUCACAGACAUUGCUGCUCUCAGUUUCCGAUAAGGCAUGUCGUUUGAUUGGAAUGCUUUUUCCUGGGGAUAUGGUUGUAUUUAAGCCACAGAUAUCGAGCCAGCAGCAACCGCAACAGCAUCCACAGCUUCAGCAACAGCAACUGCAACCACAACAGCAACCCCUUGCACAGCUUCAGCAACAGCAACCUCUUAUGCAGCAGCAAACUCCACAACUACAGCAGCAAACUCCACAGCUACAGCAGCCGCAGCAGCAGCAGAUGUCGCAGCUACAGCUACAGCAGCAACAACAGCAGCCACAGGCAAUGGUUGGUACAGGGAUGAAUCAAGCUUAUAUUCAAGGUGGGGGACGAUCACAGCUAUUAUCUCAGGGACAAGUUUCAUCACAAGGGCAACCGAGCUUGCCUGGAGGAGCCUUCAUGAAUUGA